AUGAGUGGCAACGAUCUCGGCGGCAAAGACUUGGAAGUCUUGACGGCUCUCGUCCACCAGGUCCAGGCUACAAUACCACCUGAGUACCAACGAGACGACUCGUUUGAUACACUGCGCCAGCAGUUUAUCGACAACACCUUCCGGUAUUGGAAUACGAGCAGAAUGGACAAUCCAAAGCACGACCUCGUCUCGGAAAAGGUUCGAAAGCGAAAGGCCACGGAGAUGCCUGCCGGCGACACCAAGGCCCCAGUCACGCCAAAGAAGAUCAAGGUGGCAGAGGGAGCGAUUCCAUCCCCAUCACCGAGUCCCAAAGCUCAACCUGUCAACUCCGUCAGGGCCUUGAAGCGCAAAGGCGCGGUGGCAUAUUGUCGACCUGAGCUCGCAGACGCCACCAUCAACUUCCGAUUCAUCGAUGGAGAAGGCUCAUACCACUUGACUCGAGACAUCGAAUUUGAUGGUGGCAAGUUUACUGGAGACAUGAGGAGGAACGCUUGCUUCAAGUGGGAUUGUGCACAGUUACAAUCUCUGGGAACCUUCAACAACGAUCUCGUAGUCUUCAAGUUUCGUCGCUGGCUACACGUCAAAUACCACUACCGGGGCUGUAUGGACGAUGCGCCCGCCGACGUUGAGUUUCGCGAGGUCGAAUUGCAAACUCCAGUCUGGGAUGCCUGCAUCGAGACUAUCAAAGCGACACACGAUAAUCCGCCUCUUCCUCAAACUCCAUUUCCUCGCACAUAG